AUGGCUGCGCGCCCCGCCGCCACCCUCGCCUGGUCGCUGCUUCUCCUCUCCUCGGCUCUGCUCCACGGCGGCUGCCGGGCGCGCUUUGCCGCCGAGCCGGAUUCGCAGGACGAUGAAGAGGAGGCGGUGGUUUUCCCGGAGUCGCCCGUGCAGAGACCCACGGUGCUCGUGGCCGUCCUGGCCCGCAACGCUGCGCACACGCUGCCUCACUUCCUCGGCUGCCUGGAGCGGCUGGACUACCCCAAGAGCAGGAUGGCCAUCUGGGCGGCCACUGAUCACAACGUGGAUAAUACAACAGAAAUACUCAGGGAGUGGUUGAAAAAUGUACAGAGACUCUAUCACUACGUGGAGUGGAGGCCUAUGGAUGAACCUGAAUCUUAUCCUGAUGAAAUUGGACCCAAGCACUGGCCUGGCUCUCGUUUUGCCCAUGUGAUGAAACUACGACAGGCAGCCCUUCGAACUGCGAGGGAAAAAUGGUCAGACUACAUUCUGUUCAUAGAUGUUGACAACUUCCUGACAAAUCCACAGACCCUCAAUCUAAUGAUUGCAGAAAACAAGACCAUUGUGGCCCCCAUGCUCGAGUCUCGGGGUCUGUACUCUAAUUUCUGGUGCGGAAUCACACCUCAGGGCUUCUACAAGCGGACGCCAGACUACCCUCAGAUUAGAGAAUGGAAGAGGAUGGGCUGCUUUCCUGUCCCCAUGGUCCACUCCACAUUCCUAAUUGACCUCAGGAAGGAAGCCUCUGACAAGCUGAUGUUCUACCCCCCGCACCAGGACUACACCUGGACCUUUGAUGACAUCAUCGUCUUCGCCUUUUCCAGCAGACAAGCAGGCAUCCAGAUGUACCUCUGCAACAGAGAACACUAUGGCUACCUGCCCAUCCCCCUGAAACCGCAGCAGACCCUGGAGGAGGACAUCGAGAACCUCAUCCAUGUGCAGAUAGAAGCAAUGAUUGAUGGUCCUCCAAUGGAACCUUCCCAGUUUGUCUCAGUUGUCCCUAAAUAUCCCGACAAGAUGGGAUUUGACGAGAUUUUCAUGAUAAACCUCAAGCGCAGAAAGGACAGACGGGACCGGAUGUUACGCACGCUGUACGAGCAGGAGAUUGAAGUCAAGAUUGUCGAGGCUGUGGAUGGAAAGGCUCUCAACACAAGCCAGCUGAAGGCCCUGAAUAUUGAAAUGCUGCCUGGAUACCGAGAUCCUUACUCCUCUAGGCCUCUAACCCGGGGUGAAAUUGGCUGCUUUCUUAGCCACUACUCUGUCUGGAAAGAGGUAAUUGACCGAGAGCUGGAGAAGACUCUUGUUAUUGAGGAUGAUGUGCGUUUUGAACAUCAGUUUAAGAAGAAGUUGAUGAAGCUGAUGGAUGACAUUGACCGUGCUCAGCUGGAUUGGGAACUGAUUUAUAUUGGUAGGAAGAGGAUGCAAGUAAAAGAGCCAGAGAAAGCAGUGCCCAAUGUGGUAAAUCUGGUCGAAGCUGACUAUUCCUACUGGACGCUGGGCUAUGUCAUCUCUCUGGAAGGAGCCCAGAAGCUGGUUGGAGCCAAUCCUUUUGGGAAGAUGCUGCCAGUGGACGAGUUUCUGCCUAUCAUGUACAAUAAGCAUCCUGUAGCUGAGUACAAGGAGUAUUACGAGUCCAGGGACUUGAAAGCCUUCUCCGCGGAACCCUUGCUCAUCUACCCCACACACUACACAGGCCAGCCGGGGUAUCUGAGUGACACGGAGACCUCGACCAUCUGGGACAAUGAGACAGUGGCCACUGACUGGGACAGGACACAUUCCUGGAAGUCCCGGAAGCAAAGUCGCAUCUACCGCAACUCCAAGAACACAGAGGCCCUGCCGUCACCAACCUCCCUAGACACCGUGCCUUCCAGGGAUGAGCUGUGAAGGCUCCAGGGGCGGUCACCACCCUUUGGUUUUUCUAAUGGGCUGUUCAUCUGUUUGCUCCAGUUUCUUUUCGUGGUCACAGUCAUCCAAUCUAAGUGGUCUAAUUUGAUCAAAAUUAAUGUAUUUCUGACAGAGGAGGAGAAUAGGGAAACUAAACCCAAAUUUCUUAGGAUGGCUAGAAGAUAGACUUUAUGGCAACCAUUAUGAAAAACCCCAAUCCAGACACCUAGUCCUUCAGCUCAUUAUCCAGACGAUACUGGUUCCCACAUGAAGGUUGAACAAUAUGGCUCAGACUCUCGUCCAAGAGAAAGGUGAUCAGCAUGCUGUCACAUCAAUAAAUGGGUCAGCAAGGCAGCCAAGCCAACUGGACCACAUCUGUUGGUCUGGUGGGCCCAUUUUAUGUCACAGAUGUGACCUUGAAAACUUGUGUAUCUAACAAGUUUGGGGGAAAAAUCAAAUCACUUAAAAUCAAAUUAAUUGGGCUUUUUAUUUAAAGGCAUUCUAUCAUGAGCCUUAUUUCGAAGUGAGUUUUUCCUCUUUGUCCUCGUUAUCCAACAGGGAUGGGCAUUUGGGUCUGUCUGAGUCUUGGCCUUUGACUCUCAUGGCAAUUGAAGCUGUCAUAAAGUUUGCCAUGUGGAUAGAGUUUAGUCUAUAUUUGAGGGUUUGUUUAGAUAUUUGAGGAAAGAAGAACUCAAACUUUGACCUUUUUUUAUUGUGGUCACUUGAGUUAGGAUGCUCUAUUUAUGAAGAUAAAUUUAAUAUAUAAGGGGUUAGGGCUGGUGUGUAGUUGCUGUCCCCCGGGUUAGGCGCCUCUGCAGCAUGUCAGACUCUCCCCUGCCCCUCAGCCUGGGAAGGAAUCGCAGGUGUGACUUUUAUGAGUCACUGUUAAGAGGCAGAGCGCGUUCUCAGGCCAGCAACUGUCCUUGCCUGGGUUUUUCACUCUAUAUUGAAUUAUUUAUUUUACAAAAUGUGGGGGAAACAGCUGUAGGAUAAGAUAGAGAAACAGAUGUUUCAAGCUUUCAUUGCACCUGAGGAGUGGUCAGUGUAGACACGGGUUCAACAAUCUAGCUCUCCUGCAUUUCCCAGCCUGACUCUUGCAGAAAGGCCUGUUGAAUGGGAGACAACCAUCUGGAAACCAAUGAUUCUCCAUUUCAGGUGAGAGACCUUGGUCAGAAACAGUGGACUGAUCAACAGAUUUAGGCCAAUAACCAGGGAAGCUCUUGGAGUCAGGAUUCUGGGCAGACAACCCCUCUGCUUUCUUCAUAGAUUGAUGCUAUGUGCAAUGCAGAGUUGGACGACAUCAUCUCAUGCAGCUCCACAAUCUGUGAUCCUCAGAUACCUUGUGAUGGUUUGCUUCAGGUUUAUGUUCUCAUGCCCACAAGCAGUAAAUUGCCUCCAGAAGUACCCUCCCAGGGGAGAAAUACACACUCUCCUCCCUCGAUGUCCUCAAUGUCAGGCUCUGCAGACCCAACAAUCUGAGCUUCCUGCUUUGGAGCAGAGCCCAUGGGGAGGGCUGCUGCGUGUAGGAAGCUUAGUGCUCACAGUGACGACCCCAGGCUGCAGGACAACAAGGCAGCUCGCCUUCCGAGAACACCCGCCUCAGCCUCCCUUGUUGACUUACUGUUAAUUUUCUUCUACGUUGACUAAUAAGCCAGGAGACCGAGGAAAGGGACCUCAGCUGACUCCAAUUUUUAUUGCUUAGACAUCGCUGUCAGGGCUUGACUUUUUUCUUCUAGAAAACCAGAAAGAGCAUCCAGGGAGCUAAGUGAAAAACCCUUAGGUGAUCCCUAAGAUUUCCUUGGGUAUUUUGUGUGUUGUUUGCAUAUUUGAGUGUGUGCAAGUGUGUGUGACUUUCAUGAUUUUUUUUAACAGGGUGCGAGGUGACUAGGGUACUGGGAGUAGAGGAAGACUGAGUUGAUUUUUGUGUGGUUUUGUUUAAAAGAGAACAUUUUUUUUUUUUUUCCUUUUUCCCUGUCAGCUGGUCUGGUGGGUUUAUGAAUUCUCAUUUUUAGAAGAUAUUGUUCUUAAAUUCUAGAAUUUUAGAUUAGGACUGUUCUACUGUGAAUAAAGUUCUGGCUCUGUUAGCCCAGCCCUUGCUUCUCCGUGCUCAGGUCUAGAGUUCCAAGCAGUGUUCUUUUGCUGUGAACUUCGUGAACUACGGACCUAGCAUUUCUUUAAACAGUCGCCUCUCCAGCAAUCCAGGGGUUCCUUGACCUCAUUAUUCUUCCUGCCUCCCCUCUGGUCUUCAGUCAAGACAUUUGACCUUUGCAGUGUCAGAGGCCUUUGUCUCUGACCAUACCACCUGCUCUCUGCCUCUGGAAGUUAAACUCCAUCUAGAUUCCCCAUCUGGAUCCCUGUCUGGAUCUUGGGAUCCAAGGUAGAAUCUUCUAGACAGACACCCCCAACUUCAGCAGUGCUGGUGCUGCUGAGUGUUCUGAGCAUCUGCAAUUGCAGAGGACACACUGCCCAGGCCUUGCUUUGGGUUCCCCGGAGACUGAUGCAGGAACUCUGGAAAACAAGAAACAGCCAGCAUCCCAGCAUCCUACACUGUCUGUCAUGCUAUGUCGUUUCAGGGUGGGGAAGUGAUAAACUACUUGCCUUCUAGAGCUCUUUUUGAAAAAUUAAAAAAAUCAGCUCAAUGCUAUGAUUGUUCAUUGGUUCUUCCAACACCGAUCAAUUGCCAACACUACUGGAAUUUCCAGGUCUGCACUGGACCAAGGAUGUUGGAGGCCAGAGAUAACCAUCACUGCUGCAUGAUCCCCAUGGCAAGCAAGAGGUUGGUCACUGACCUUCCUGUCCAGUGGGGGUUAUUGUAGACUGCUGGGUAGAUGUGGGUAUGCUGAAAGGGAUUCCAGGCUGCAGAAAGUCAGGAGUCCCCAGUGGUUGGGUGGUGAUAGACGGUCCAUGUUUCAUUUUUGUGCAAUAGGUCAGUCUAUCCGUUCAUGAAAAGACACUGAGAUGCUUGUCCAUGGCCAAAGAGCUUUUCCCGGCUUGGGGGGAGAGAGAAUCCAUGUUGGCCUCAAUGACCCCUUGAAUUUCAGAUCAGGCUUCCCCAAAUCUGAAAAACCAGGUGUGAGCAGCACCUUGUUGCAGGCCCUGUGCUGGGCACUGCGAGGCUCAGAGGGCUAGGAAAGGUCUCCACUGCCGUGGGCUCCAUGGUCCAAUGGAGGAGCCAUGCAGGCAGGAUGGCUUUAUUUCAGAGGCUGGAAGAAAGUGGACCCCAGGACCCCAGAGAACCUAGUUCUGCUGAGGAGGACUAUUGAGGCAGCUUUGCUGGGAAGGUGACAUUUGUGUUGGUUUUUGGAACAGGAGUGGGAGUUUCAAAGAGGGAGGAGUGUUGGGCACGGUGCAUGGGAAUGCUUUCUAGGCAUUGCGAAGGCGUGGGACUGUGAAAGGGCCUCCUGGAGAGUGAUGGGGAACUGGGUAGGACUGAAGAGUCAGAUAUGACAGGAAAUGCUUAUGACAGAUAUAACAGGGUUGAUGCCAGGAAACAAGACUUGAGACCCAAUAAUGAUGACAAGGUAAGUCGGCUACCCUCCCUCUCUGGACUAUGUCAUCAUGAAUGUAGAGGCCAUUGUUCCUGUGGGAACUCUAGGUUUGGUUACUUUCCUGACAGACAACGCAGAGGUUUCUAGUAAAAUGUUUGUGUCUAAAACAAGAAAAGUUCCCAUUCAGCUACAAACUUGGGAAUCUUUUCAUUUAUGGUUGCUACAAAUCACUCUAACUAGUAAAUGUAAAAAAAGAUGAGUCUUCCCAAGAGUCUUCUACGAUGUGAUUUUGAAACAUUCUUUCCAAGUAAACAGAGUGGCAGCGAAAUGAUCCGGAAUGAUCUCCAUGACCGACAAGAAAUUAAUUCCCUGAGGAGUUAACUAAUGACAAGGUGAGAGUUAAAAUGAAGCUGGUCAUUUGGUAAGAAAAUAGCAUGUCAUGGGUGACAUAGUCAGAAACCUAAGAGCAGGCAGCCUUAGAAAUAAUCGUCACGCCCAUAUUUGUGUUUUGUGGUGAUGUUUAUUAUUUCAGAGAGAACCUUCCUCCCUUAGAGAUGUUCUGAUUAAAUGUGGCCGAGGGAGGAAGGCCAGGAGGAGAUGGCAAUUCCAUGUUAGAGGGUCUCCCUGUGAGCAGGCUGAUGGCAGCCCUAAGUCAACACAGGGCAGCUGGAACAAGGACAAAGAUUCUGGCCAGUGGUGGCCAGUAAGUCCUUUUGCCUGGUGGGAAAAGAGAGAAAUAAUGAUGGUGGGUUUUAUGACGCAAACUGUAUCACAAUUGAUUACAUAGAAAAUGGUGCCUCCGGUUAUCACGAGCGCAGAACAAGAUGAAAUGGCUUGAAUUACAACACCAAGAAUUUAGAUGAGCUUUUAGGAAGACUUUAUUGACAGAACAAUUAAACACUCAAUAGGAUUCCAAGGCAAGAGUGGAAAGGCUCCAUUUAAAUUUGUCAUUGGGCGGGAGAAUGACUUCCUUCUGCUCUAACACAUCUAAAAUGGCCUGUUUUUGUUUCCACCCGUACACGUACUAAUACUUGAGAUGAUCCCUGCUCAGCUGCUCCUGCGACACCGGCUGGGCUGCUCCCAGCCCAAAGCUAUCCUCCCAUCUGCCCUCAAAAGGGGUGGAAAGAAUGAAGAAUUGCCUCUGAGGAUGGGUUUCUCUUUAUUUUUAAUUUACUGGGUUUAUUUUUAUGCCCCUCCCUGUAGUUUCUUCAGCUUGGCUGCCUCUGGAAUGGGUGUUUUAAUAAAAUCUCCACGUCUGAACAAUUCUGGGCCUUGCAGAGCGCCAGCUUUGCAGCUCCCCCCUGGUCCAGAGGCGGCUCCUCUGGGCGUUUCCCGUUCUAAGGGAGGCUGGACAGAUGUCUGGGCUCUGGCUCAUGGGAGAACUUGAUUUUCAAAGUGUAGUGGACAGCCCUCUCUCUCUGUUCUUCAGAUAAGCUUAGAAAAUAAUCCGUGACAGAGUGUCCUCUCCCAAAAGAGAACUGGCCGUUUGGAGAAGACCCCUAGCCAGGAGUCGAGAUGUCUAAGUGUUGAUGGUGUGGUCUGCGGGUUUUAACUGCUUUGAAAACUGCUAGCACGAUUGUGAAGACUUGAAGGGAAUGUGAUGGUUCAGGCUGGGCACAGGGAGGACACCCUGCACAGAGCUGACUGUGAGGGCACAGAGGAGUGGCACAGGCCUGAGGGAAUCUGAGGAGAGAGGCGAGAGGUGGCUUCCAGGGCGCAGCACACAGAGCCCAGGAGAGAAGCGCCAGAACAGGGGGAGAAGACACAGAUUCAGGGCUGGCCAUCAGCAGAGAAAGUGAGGCUGGUGCACAGGCUGGAAAAGAAGGGAGGGGACCAGAGGGAACAGUAGUAGUAGAAGGGAGGCUUAGAACAGAAUUGGCAACGCCUGGUCCGUAAAGUGACUGUUUUUUCCUUGCAAACCUGCAACGAUGUGAAAGGUUGAGGUGUUGUUGAGCUGAACAGCCUGCAAAGGGACGGGUGGGAUGUCUGGUGCCCCCAUUGCCGGUGGCACAGCAGCAACUCCAGGUCGUGCAUCUGAAUUGUCCUCGAAAGGGGCCGUCUGAGCACAGAGCCCCUUCCUGCUGGGAAAGAUACAGGUUCCAGGUGGACACAGAAGAGGGAGGACACGGGAGCAGGGAGCGGGGCUUCCGGUAAGAAACUUGUCCCUCCCUAAUGGCAGCGGGAAUCCAAGAAGGUGGAGCCCUCGUGGGAAUCACACCAGCUCUGUGUGGUGACGGAGCCCGGGCUCGGGGAGGGAGGCUCCAGCCCGGUCAGGGCUGCUUCACGUCGGCUGGCCCCUCUGUCAAAGCCUGUCCGGUGCGUGUCCACCCUCCAGCCUGGCCGGGCCCACACGCCCCUCCCCAUGCGCCUCCUUGGACCACGGCUGUAGGAUGAGCUACGGGAGCCCUGGCUGCCCUCCAACCCUGGGACUCCAUCUCUCCCCACAGCAGUGGCAGGCUGGAUCCUCCCAGGGUGCUGUUCACACACCUGAAGUCCCACUCUGAGAGUCACACCUGCCCGUGUGGCUGCUCAGGCGGGGAGGGAGGUUGGGGGGCUUCUGUGAAGACAUGACUCCCAUUAGGCCAGAAGCUUUCCAGGAGUACAGCAGCUAAGUCAAGAGUAUGCGCCAACGUGAACAGUGCUUUCUUCACCGUACUGCGUACAUGACACUCAAGAGGGAGGAACUAUUGUUAAUGCCCAUUUUUUCAGAUGAAGCAAUAGCUGAAUUAAGUGACUUGCCUAAGGUAGUAAGUGUCCUGGGAGUCAGACCUAGGCAGUCCGAUCCCACUCAUGCUGACCACAUCCAUGCACAGCUCCUGGGGGAUAGUCUGUCUCAUUUCUUGUUUUCUCACUAACUUCUAGGGUUUCCAUCUCGCUCUCUCUCUCUCUCUCUCUCUCACACACACACACACACACACACACAGCCUGAUCUAUCUAGGGGCUUGCAGCUCCAGCCCCCAUGUUUACUUUCCCCGUAUGAAAGUUCAUAUAUUGAUUAUUCAGCUGAUCAGACAAUUCUCUGGUGACAUUUUGCUAGAGGCUUGGGCGUCAGAUAUUGUGUAAACGGGGAUCAGAAAUAAACGUCUGGGGCAGGCUAAGUCUCACUUAGAAUGCUUCUCCUAUUCUAUUUUGAAACUGGUGCUAUGAUUUUUUUUUUUUAAUGGCUGGAGCAAUCCGGAAACAGAUUAAAUCAUUCGCUUUUUCUUUUUUAACUUGAUUUACUGGUACACUCUGCGUAAGAAAUUGGAACUGUAGCACAGAAUGUUGCACUGGGGUUAAACAAUGGUGGGAAUGGAAAUGGUUUCUUCCGAGAAGCCUAGAUAAAGUACUCGGGUACUGAUAACUGGCUCACAAAGAGGCUGAGCCGGGAGGUCCUGACUCUCGACGGCAUCCGAGCCCCAGCUGCAUCCACUCCUCCUUUAAUUCCUCAUUCAGUUGGUGCCUUUCACAGGAGGCUCUCCCCAGGCACCCUCUGCACCCUCAUGGGCUGGCCGAGUUCAUGCACCAGAAACGGAUGCAAAUCCUAGCUGGGAGCUAACUCACCAUGUCAUCCUGAUCCUGAUGGCCCUGUUUCCUCAUCUGUGAGAUGGAAUGGUGCUCUGACCUGCAGCAGAAUGUUCCUUAGAGACUUUAAAGAACCAAUCAGAUGCCCAUCUGACCAAGGUAGCUUGUGUGAACUCACAUGAUGGGAAGGCUGGGGAGGGAGCCAGCAGACCACAGGCAUUCUCGCCAGCUCCACGAAGAAUCUCUCUCAGGAAAGUCUCCUGGACUCAGUGCCCAGCCCAGUGUCACAGGCCACAGUGGGGUUCAAUGAUUCAGAGCUCUGCCCCUAACCUCGGGCAAUUGACUGACUGCUCCCAGCUGUAGCCUCGUGUCUGUACUAUGAGGGGGUGGCUACAUGAUUUGUGAGAUGCCUUCCAACUCUUAAGAAAAUAUUAAAUACACUGGAUUCCUCAAACUGUUUCAUAAAUGAAUUGCUUCCACACAGUUUCUGGGUAGAGAUGUGAAACCACACCAAAUAGUGGUUUGCAAAUUCUGAAUCUAAAAUAAUUAAAUUUGCCUGGUUUCCAUUUGAUCUUGUGGUUUAUGUGUAAACACUUUAAAUUUCCUAGAUUUUUUUUUUAACUUGACAUACAACUACAUCUGUACAGUAGUCCUAGAGUAGUCAAAGUAGAGACCACAUUAGAAGCACGGAAAUUGGUGGUGACUGCAUGCGAAAAAUUAAAAAUAAAAUCUGUAAGGCUAAUUCUAGACCAAAUUACUCUUUCUGGUAUUUUCUCCUCCUUUGAGCACCUCUCUUCCUCAACCAUGCCUUUGUUCUCUGCAGCCCCCAUCUCAAGACCUUACUGCUCUCUCUUCUAAACACUUUUUUGAUGACUGUGGAAAGAUGAACAAACCCGUGCACCCUAGUCAGAAGACAUACCUGCUCUGUGGCAGGACAGUGAUGCUCAUCAACCACUCAGGUGUUCCCCUGCAUCCGCCCACCUCCCCUGCACUUAGGUCCAGGCCAUGGGCUGUCUAAUGGCCACUGGCACUUCGGUCUAGGGCAGUUGGGACAGUUGGGAGUUCUCUCUACCAUCACUGUGACUUGCAGGAAAAACCUGAGAUGGUCGAGUUGCAAGACAGAACUGCCCGGAUCCUGGAGCCACUGUGAGGAAAGUCACUAUGGAGAGCUGCCUGAUUUGUAUUAUGCUAUGACAUGAGGAAAAAUAAAACUCUGUGUCUUAAAGUA